ACGUGUCUCGGCUGGAUCGUAGCGGGCGGAAGCGCGUCGCGGAAUCAGCCGAUAACUGCGAUAUGUAAAUUGACUGGUCUAGAUCAACAGAUCGCGAGAUUCUGGGUGAUUGAGGAGAUAUCUGAUCCCACCGUUACGCCGAAAUCUAACGAGGAACUCGAAUGCGAAGAGCAUUUCACUAAAUUUGUUACUCGCAACCGCGACGGUCGCUAUACGGUGAGACUACCAUUUCGCAAGGAUAAGAUGAGCCUCGGCGAUUCGCGAACCGUCGCUCUCAAACGUUUAAAUUCGCUCGAACGGAAGCUCGACUCAGAUCCAUUGUUAAGGGCCGCCUUUUCGCAAGUAAUACAGGAAUAUUUAGAUCUGAAACAGAUGAUUCCGGUGAAUAACCCUUCCAAUGAAGGAUUUUAUAUGCCGCACCAUGCGGUAAUCAAAUCAUCGAGUAGCACGACCCGGGUUCGUGUCGUGUUCGAUGCAUCGGCAAAAACAAGUAAUGGCACAUCGUUAAACGAUAGGUUAAUGGUGGGGCCGACUAUUCAAGAUACGUUAUUCGUUCACUUAAUUCGAUUCCGUACGUAUAAAUAUGUUCUCACAGCAGAUAUAGAAAAGAUGUAUAGGCAGAUAUUGUUGCACGAGGAUGAUCAGAUAUACCAACGAAUCCUCUGGCGCCAGAACGAUCAAAUAAAGACUUUGCAACUUAACACCCUUACGUUCGGCGUAUCCUCGUCGCCGUAUCUGGCUAUACGAACAAUUCAAAAACUAGCCGAUGAUGAGCACGACGCGUAUCCUGACGCCGCCCGAGUUCUCAAAACGCACUUAUACGUAGAUGACUUACUCACAGGUACGAAUACCGUUAGCGAAGCUCGCGCGUUACGGGAUGACAUAAUCACGGUACUUUCUCGAGGCGGUUUUAAUAUCCGACAAUGGGCGUCGAACGACGAACGUAUCAUUAACGAUUUAACCUCCGACGCGGUGAAUACUAAUCUCAUGCUCGAUAAAAACAACCCCUUGAAAACAUUAGGCAUAGCAUGGCGCGCACACAACGACAAGUUAUGUUACUCAGUCCGCUCGAUCGAUCACGCCGAGAGAAUCACAAAGCGGAUGGUUUUUUCCGAAAUCGCAAAGAUUUUUGACCCUUUAGGCGUCCUAGGACCCGUCAUAUUAUAUGCAAAAAAGAUGAUGCAGAAUUUAUGGCAGUGCAAGGUAGAUUGGGAUGAAUCCGUCCCAUCCAAUAUACACAAAACGUGGAUAGAGUUCGCGACUCAAUUAGAUUUAAUGAAUAAGCUAUCCAUUGAUCGCCAUGUGUUGAUUUCGGAUUACACCGAUGUUCAAAUACAUGGAUUUAGCGACGCGAGUAACAUCGGUUACGGUGCCUGCAUUUACCUUCGUUCGACCGAUCAACGCAACAACGUACGUUGUCAUCUACUUUGUGCGAAAUCUCGCGUCGCACCAUUAAAAACCGUGACAAUACCGCGUCUCGAAUUAUGCGGUGCGCUCCUGCUAGCCAAAUUAUAUCGCGAGGUGCAUCGUGCGUUAGGAAUAACCCCUAGCAAGACGGUGUUAUGGAGCGACUCGACCAUUGCGUUACAUUGGGUGAAAACUCCACCUCAUUUAUUAAAAACGUACGUGUCUCACCGCGUUGCUCAAAUCCAAGAAAUUACUGACUUACAAGCUUGGCGACAUAUUCGAUCAGAGGAUAACCCGGCUGACGCGCUAUCACGGGGUCAGUUACCGCAGGCUUUCCUGAAUAACCAAUCAUGGUUUUCCGGACCAUUGUGGCUAACGAAAGAGGAAGGCGAAUGGCCUAACGGUAUCACAGAAUUAAAGGAAUUACCCGAAUUACGAAAAAAU